GGGGGCGCCAUGGGAGGCCCAUGAGAGUAUAUAAAUGUUGGGUUUCACAGAAAAGUGGUCACUAAAGCCUAACCAAAAGACAUCAGAAAGUUAGUGGCUGGAUGGUGCUGCUCACAGCCUGCAGAGAUAAGUGAUCCGUGAUCCUUCAUCCUGAGCGUCAAUCAGGGAGGCUCUCUCUCUCUCUCUCUCUCUUUGCUCUUUCCUUUCUUCUCUGGUGGUUUCUCUCACUUUUCCUCUCUCUGCAAAUUUCUCUCUUCUGGUUCUUUGCUUCUCUCUGCCUUUACUUUUUCUUCCCCCAACCAUGGCUCCAACCCUGGCCACGGCGUUUGCCAGGCGCUGGUGGAUGGCAGUGACUGCCAUUAUUGAGAAUCUGCUCUUCUCUGCUGUGCUGCUGGGAUGGGGAUCGCUUCUCAUCAUGCUCAAGUCAGAAGGCUUCUAUUCCUACCUUUGCCACGAGGAGGAGGGUAACAGCACCAGCUACAAUCUGUCUCUACCUCUGGCAACGCCGGCAUCUGAUGAGUACAUUGACUACUAUGACGGCGAGGGUGGUGUGGUGGGUUUGGGAGAUGGGGUGGAGAUGAGGCCUCUGGUCCCCAUGGACGGGCCAAUGCGGAUGAACGGCUGGCUGAUCUGUAAAGAACAGGAUGAGAUGCUGAAUCUGGCUUUCACUGUGGGCUCCUUCUUGCUCUCAGCCAUCACACUGCCACUGGGGAUCGUCAUGGAUAAAUAUGGGCCUCGCAAGCUACGACUGCUGGGCAGCACAUGCUUUGGAUUGUCUUGCCUCCUCAUUGCUUAUGGAGCCUACAAACCAAAUGAACUCUCUGUCCUUAUCUUCAUUGCCCUGACUUUCAAUGGCUUCGGGGGCAUGUGCAUGACCUUCACCUCUCUCACACUCCCUAGCAUGUUUGGUGACCUCCGUUCAACCUUCAUCGCCCUGAUGAUUGGCUCCUAUGCCUCCUCUGCUGUCACCUUCCCUGGUGUCAAGGUGAUCUAUGACUUUGGCAUAUCUUUCAUCACUAUUCUGGUGGUGUGGGCUGCUUGUGCUGGACUGGUCUACUUGAACUGCUUCUUCAACUGGCCGAUGGAACCAUUCCCAGGACCUGAGGAUAUGGACUACACUGUGAAGAUCAAGUUCAGCUGGCUGGGCUUUGACCACAAAAUCACAGGGAAGCAGUUCUACCAGCAAGUGACCACAGUGGGCCGCCGGCUGAGUGUGGCCAGCAACGUAAGGCAGAAGGAGGUGGCUACUAAAGAUGGACCCAAUCUGUGCCUCUCCACCAUGGACCUGGAAAUGGAUUGCAAGCCAAAGGAUGAAUCCCAGUCAUUCUUGAAAACUAUCAGCACUCCAAUUUUCCUUCUCAGUCUGGUGACCAUGUCUGUCACUCAGCUUCGUCUCUUGUUCUACAUGGGGGCCAUGAACAGCGUGUUGGAGGUGCUCAGUGAUGGAGACUUCAACAAAGUGGAAAGGAUGGAACUUGUGAGUUUGUACUCCUCCAUCUUCGGCGUGCUGCAGCUGCUCUGCCUGAUGACAACUCCUGUGAUUGGUCAGAUCAUGGACUGGAAACUGAAGGACUGUGAUGAUGGAGAAGAAGAAAAGGAGCCCUUCAGCAAGGGUGAACCAAAGAAAAAGCGCAGAGACAAAAAGACUCAGAAGGUGACCAACGCCCUGCGAGCAUUCAUCCUCACAAACCUCCUUUUGGUGGGAUUUGGAAUCACCUGCUUGGUUCCUAAUCUCCCCCUGCAGAUUGUUUCAUUUGUCUUGCACACUGUGGUGAGAGGAUUCAUUCACUCUGCUGUCGGUGGCCUCUAUGCUGCUGUGUAUCCCUCCUCACAGUUUGGCAGUUUAACAGGAAUGCAGUCUCUGGUCAGUGCUGUGUUUGCUCUGCUGCAGCAACCCCUGUUUUUGGCUAUGAUGGGACCCCUGGGGGGAGACCCAUUCUGGGUCAAUAUUGGACUCCUUGCUCUCAGUAUGCUGGGUUUCCUGCUGCCUCUCUACUUGAUCUGCUACAGAAGGACGCUCUACAAAGAACAACAGAGGAAAGAGGACGAUGCCAAGAUCUACAUCAGAAUCAAUGGCUCUGAUAUCCCCGAGGCCUACGUCUAGAGGAAAAGUGAACGGCAGGAAAACAGAGAAUAAAGGAGACACUGAGAAAUAUGGGCGAUCUAAUGAUACAUGCACACAUAAGCAUGAGAAAUCUGUUGUAAAAGUACAACUGAAAUAUCACAUUUUAACACAGAAU